UAUGACUUGAGACCAUUUCAUUCUCAUCUCACUUCUCAAUUUCUCUUCACCUUUUCUCCUUCCUUUUCUCUUGCCGCAAACAAAACAAACCACACGCGCAUGAAAAUAGUAAUUAAUACUACUAAUUCAUUUCCUCAACAUAAAAAAAAAGAGUUUCGCGGAAUAUACUUUUCCUUUCCUUCUGUUCUGGUUAAUUUCGUUUUUCCGUUUCGGAGAUGGAUUCGGAGGAUUUCCGAUCCAUUCUGGAGAGUGCCGGCGUCGACGUUUGGGCCUUCAUGGACGCCGCCAUCGCGGUGGCUUCCGUCGACCACCCCGACGAGUUAAAGCGCCGGAGAGACAGAAUCGUGGAGCGCCUUUACGCGAGUUCGGCGCUGCCGCAGUGUCGGAACUGUGACCCCGACGCCGGUGAAAUCAGGACGCAGAGCAGUCCCUCCGCGGAGGAGGAAAAGGACCCCUACGGAGGCUUGCUGGACGAGGAGCAGAAGAAGAUUCUAUACAUUAAAGAGCAACUGGAAGACCCUCACCAGUCCGAAGAUUCGUUAGUGGAGUUGUUGCAGAAUCUAGCAGACAUGGAUAUCACAUUCCCAGCGUUAGAGGAGUCUGACAUUGGGAGGUAUGUGAAUCGGUUGCGGAAGCAUUCGUCUAAUGAUGUCAAGAGAUUGGUCAAGUUACUCGUCAGGAAGUGGAAGGAAAUUGUAGAUGAAUGGGUGAAGUUGAAGUCCCCGGGAUACCCGGGUACUGCUGUCAUGGCUGAUGAGGACUCGCCUCAGCAGAGAAUCCUACAAAAUGGGCACCGUCAGAUUCCUGAUUUUGCAUACUCGCCAAAUCCACACAAUGGGAGUUCUGGGUCAUCACAGCGCAACAAUAUUGAAGCAGAACGAAAACCAAAAGCAAUUCCUCGCAAAGAAGCUCCCCCAAAACCAUCGCCAUCAGUCACUACUCCUGCUUCUCCUCCUCAAAACAGACAGAGAGAAGGCAAUUUUGACCCGGAUAGAUUUGCUUCAGCGAGAAAACGGCUUCAAGAGAACUACAAAGAGGCUGCAAAUGCCAAAAAGCAAAGAACGAUUCAAGUGAUGGAUCUCCAUGAGUUACCGAAACCCAAGAAUGCCUUCCUUGGAAAAAACAAAGGCGGCACUGGUCAGGGAAGGCACUGGUGAGUGGUGACCCAUAAUGUACGUGGCAACUUUCUUGUAAAAAGGCUUUUUAUGGGUGGGUGAUGCCGCAUAGUCCUAAAAACCCGCUUGAUCCCUUUACAAUUUUACUCCCCAAAAUAAAAAUCCCUAUGGUUUUAUGUUUCCUUAUUUAAUAUCAACCCCCGCUUUCCCCAACCAAAAAAAACCAUAAUAUUUUAUGUGCCAAACUAUGAUUUUUAUGAAAUGUGGGUGAGUUGCGGAGCACACAUGAUGAUUUCAGCAUCUUAAUGAGGAUGGUAGGGAGGGGAAAUGAUUUUUUUGGAGAUUUAAACCAUUGAUUAUUUUGGGUUGGAGCUUGAGGGUAUGGUUAAUGAUUGAUUUGGUGCUCCAGUAAGGAUUGUUUAACUUGAUUUUUGUCUUUGUUCUUAUCUUGAGGCCAUAUCCAAAGCCAAGUCAAGAGUUGACUACUUUCUAGCUCUACUAAUUUGCACGGGUGCGGGUCAGGGUCGUGGGGUAGUUUAGUUGGUGCCAUGAUCAAUUAUUGUCCGGCCUGGGACCUUAGUAACUGAUCUUUCUGAUCUCAACAAAUGAAGUGGAGCGCAUUUCAAUUAAUAA